AUGGUCCUCACGGACGUCAUCAAGCGGUGGCAUGUGCUCAAAGGAGAGACAGCAUUGCUAUGUACUGGGACAGAUGAACAUGGCCUGAAGGUCCAACGAGCAGCUGCCAAGGCUGGCAUUGAUCCGAAACUUUUUUGUGAUAAAGGCGCCGAGAUCUUCAGGGAACUUGCACGGAAAGCCGAGAUCACGAACGAUCAUUUCGUCCGGACGACGGAUAGAGAACACAAGGAAGCUGUCGAGUAUGCAUGGUUCCUGUUGCAAGAGAAGGGUCUCAUAUACGAGCAGAAGCAUGAAGGGUGGUACUCAGUCACCGACGAAUGCUUCUACCCACAGUCAGCUGUACAACUGUACCUCGACCCACCGACAGGAAGGAAGAUUAUGACAUCCAUUGAAACGGGCAGCGAAGUAGAAUGGUCUUCGGAGAUCAACUAUCAUUUCCGGCUCUCGGCAUUCCAGGACAAACUGCUGGAGUUCUACAAGAAUAAUCCCGAGUGGAUAGCACCAGAAUAUCGCAUGAAGGAGGUUGUGCAGGCCGUUGAAUCGGGAUUGGAGGACUUGUCUAUAUCUCGACCAUAUGAACGACUCGCGUGGGGUAUCCGAGUCCCUGGAGACGACUCACAAACCAUUUAUGUAUGGCUUGACGCGCUCAUGAACUAUGCGACCAAGGCAGGAUACCCAUGGGCACCGGGCCGUGAACAAGCUGGAGGCUGGCCCGCAGACUGUCAUGUCAUUGGUAAAGACAUUGUUCGAUUCCACUGCAUUUACUGGCCGGCCUUCCUCAUGGCGCUUGGACUUCCCCUUCCGAAGAAGAUUUUGACACACGCUCACUGGACACUUGGGGGGUCUAAGAUGUCCAAAUCAACUGGAAGGGUUGUCGAUCCGUUCAAUGCCCUUAAUCGAUAUGGAUCGGAUGUUAUGCGCUUCUACAUGGUUCGUGAAGGCGGUAUACAGGACGAUGCAAACUACGAUAAUCGUCGCAUCAUCGGAUUGUACAAUACGUUCUUGAACCAGCAGCUUGGCAACCUAGCUUCUCGUGUUACACGAGGCAAGAAAUGGAGCGUCCGAGGCGCAGUCGAACGUGUUGGUGGAACGCCAACGGAGGAGUGGGCUGAAGGACCCGGCUCCAGAUUCUGGAAUAAUUCUCUCGCCAAGAUUGCCUGGCAAGUAGACGCAUCUUUUGAUGCCUACGAUCCGCGCAAAGCUGUGUCUCAAAUUGCUGAAUUUAUUCGAGGAUCAAACUGGUUCUUUCAGAUGUCGAAACCCUGGGACAAGGUUCUAGUCUACGGCCCCGGCGAGCCUGGCGAAGAUGUCGACAGGAUUGUCUAUCUUGCUGCUGAAGCACUUCGCAUUACAGGCAUCUUACUACUGCCAUACAUGCCGAACAAGGCAAGAAUGCUACUAGACCAGUUGGGCGUACAUCACGAUCGGAGAACCUUUGAAUACUGCAAGCCUGGCGCUGAUCUAGACUAUGGAACUCCAUUCGUAGAGCUGGGCACAGCACACAAGGGCGUGCUGUUCCCGCCACUGCCAAGUGAAGAGUAG